AUGUCAGGUAUGGAUGCAUAUUUUGAGCUCCAGCAGAAGGGCAGGGGUUCCGCAGCCCCCCAACGCCCUUUACUGCCGCCUCAGCAGCCGCAGCUGCAGUCGCAGCUGCAGCCGCAGGGGGAUGACGAGGUGGACCCUCUUGACGCUUUUAUGGCGGGCUUGAAUGAAACCCUUGUUCGCGAAAAGGCGGAACUCGAAGAAAAGCAGCGUAGGGAAGCAGCAGGCGAAGUACAGCAGACGGAUAAAGAACGUUUUUUCGACGACGAGGACAUCGCAGCGGAGUCGAUAGAGCACCUCAAUGCCCAGAAAGCCCUUUCACAACAGGCAGAGGCCGCCAGAGGCAAGAGGAAGGCUCAGACGCAGAGCCAUAGCGCAGCAACAGACGACGAAGAUGAGGCCCGUGGCCGUUCUCUUCCUGUAGUCGACCAUGACGAGAUUAUGUAUCCCCCGUACACAGUGGACCUAUACAAAGAACACCCAGACGUCACAGCCCUCACCUUGGAGGCCGUUGCGAAGGUCCGCGACUCCUUGCAGCUCCACACCACAGGCAAACAGGCUCCCCGUCCGAUUGCCUCCUUCCUCCACCUUAAGGAUUCCAUACCCAAGGGCCUGUGGACGGCUCUGCAGCGGCGGGACUACCGCCUGCCCACUGCCGUGCAGGCGGCGGCUAUUCCGGCUCUAUUAAAGGGCAGAGACUGCCUGGCUGUGGCGCAGACAGGCAGUGGCAAGACCGCCGCGUACCUCAUCCCGGUCUUGACACGCGUCGUCAGCCUCAAGGAAAAAGACCAGUGGACCACCUGCCAAGCAACACCAAAAGACCCGUCAAAGCAACCGCCUGCGAAGGAUCAGCGGGCGGGGCCUUCAGCGGUCAUAGUGUGCCCUACCCGGGAACUGGCUGUGCAAGUGGAUGGGGAGAUCCACAGCUUCUCUCGUGGGGGGGCGGAGUUGGAUGUGAGUCGGCUGCUGAUGGCCGGAGGCUUCGACAAGACGGAGCAGUUUCGAGCGCUGCGACGAGGUCCCGACAUUGUGGUCUGCAAUCCAGGGCGCAUGAUAGACGUGUGCAGCCUCAAAGGUCUCGGUGGUAUUUUCCAUAAAGUUGUUAUGGCGGUCGUGGAUGAGGCCGACAAGAUGGUUCAGAUGGGCUUCGAGAGCCAGCUGAGAGAUGUUCUCUCAUCCCUCAGGCCUGACAGGGCCACGCAGACGGUUCAGCAAAGGGUCCAGAUAUUAGACGGAGAGCAGGCGAAGUUCGACUGGCUCUCCAAGAACUUGCUAGGGCUUCUUGCGUUGUCUCAGCAGCCAGAAAAGCAGCAGCAGCAGUGCGGCUUACGGCCGCCGCCUACGACCGUGGCCGAAGCCGCUGCAGCAGGAGGCGUCGUCUUUUGCAACUCGCAGCAGAGAGUGGAAGACUUGGCCUUUCUGCUGGAAGGGGUCCUCGCGCAACUAGUAGAAGCUGAUGGACGGGCAGCACAUGGUUCAGCAACAGCAGAAACAGCAACAGCGCCAGCGGGAGACGCCGCGUCGCGAGCAGCAGCUGCUCGUCUCCUAGGAGGCGAAAGUUCACAAGACCUUCGAAAGAACGCCAACCAAACGUUCAAGUACGUGGCAAUACUACACGGCGGGAUGCAGCAGGCUGAACGCCUUGCCGUGAUGCGUCGCAUGCAGCACCACUUUUUGGGCGACUCGGGUUCCGCUCGGACCCCAUUGGUGCUGGUAGCGACGGACGUUGCUGCGCGGGGACUCGAUUUUCCUCCUGCGCUCUCUCUAGUUGUUUGUUACGACGCUCCGCAUGAUCCCGAGGCGUAUGUACACCGCGUAGGCCGCGCAGGCAGAGCUGGCCGGUCGGGCCUCGCUUGCUCUCUAUUGACGAAACAAGAAAAGCGUCAAGCGGCCUUUGUCGUGGAGAAGAUGGAGACUUCCGGACAAUAUGUCCCACAGUCCUUGUUGGAGUUCGCCAUGCAGUUUCCGCCCUUCAGGGAGGCACGGCUCUCAGGCCUGCGGGUGGUCUGGCAGGGAGGAAAGGCUGGCAGGGAGCUCAGGCAGCAACAAAAUACUUCCUUCGGAGGCUUGGGAUUUGAUACAGGCUGCCGAGUAGAUGCGAUGGAAAGUUCGCUAGCGUCGAAUGCGCCAUCCAUAGCAAAAGCUGCAGCAGCUGCAGCUGCUGCUGCAGCUGCUGCCGGGGCUGCAGCUGCUUCGGCGGUGGCUGGCAUUCAGGCUGCCACUGCAGAUACGCCGUCUUCAGGAGCUGGAGAGGAUUCGCCCGCUAACGGAUUCGUGGCUCAGCCUGCCUGCGGGUCGACCAACAAGAGGGGCCGGUGGGACAGCAAAGAGCAAAGCAGCGGCAGCAAUAACGCAGCAAGCGAUGAAUCGGGGGCGGCGUCGGGGGGGUCGGAGGGACGGAAGGGUGCCUUGAACUUUGCGAAGCGGGAGCAGAGGCGGCAGCAGUGGCUCUCGACCCUGGAGGCCCGAAGAGACCAGAGGCAGCAACAGGAGCAGCAGCAACGUAACCGAAAUCGCCGGGAAAGAAGUCCCUCUCCCCGCCGUUCCUUCAGAGAGCCGCAUACUGUAGGGGCUGCGGCGAGCGUCUCGGCGGCUGGCGCAGGGCUAGGUUCCCAAUUGGGAGUGUCGGGGAGCCCUGAGUUCCUAGGACGCUGGGAGCCCUCUCGGUGUCUUCCGUUGCUACCCUAUACCACACCGGCUGAAGGCGGGGUGGAGCCGAGCCUCUGGUUUGCAGAUGUAGAAGUAGAUGUGCAGGGCCUGGAAGGCUGUGGGACGUCGGCGGCCACGGGAAGUAAUUGCAGCAUUGAACAACGCAACGGGUCCAACAGUGCUUGCGACUCCUUUGCAGAUCGGCUCAUCGCCGCAGUGGCCAGAAAAUAUUCACCCCGUAGAGGCUCGUGCUCAGAAUGUCUACGUGAUAUGCACUGCCCAACAAACGAUGAAACGUCUAGUGUCGCGGCGGCCGCUAGCUGCCGAAUUGAUCAACAGUCACCGGAAAUUAUUGCCAUACUCGAGAGCCACCCCCUCAAAAAGGUUCAAUUCGAAUACAAAUUUAUUUUGUGGACCCCGAGAAGUCCUGUUACGCCCUACGUGCCGGACACGCCAGGAGAGUCUUUUCAGUGCGUUGCGUACGGUAGCCCGCUGUGUACUUGGCGCACUUGGUUGUUUCCCCCCCCUCCCGCUCAUCGCGCAGAGCCACCUUCACAUGCCACACAGGUUGUGUGGGAGGGAAGUGGUCCGAACAGCAACAGGAGGUUCUGUUUUGACCCCCUGGAUGUUGUGGUGGAUGAGUGCGAAAGCGGGAACCUCGAAAUGCUUUAUCUCUGCAAGAUCGCAAGAGUCAACUUCCCUGAUCCCAUUUCUAGCACGAGGACACCAGAAGCAGUAGGCCAGCUCUACGAAUCCGUUGGUCUGCGAUACGUCUGGAUGCCGACAGAGGACAUGAGCGACGCGUGCCGCAAGCUUGCAGUGGCGCACUGUGCACUAGUAUUAGACGCCCUAACGCAGAACGGCCACAUUGUGUACGUUCACUGCAACGCUGGAGUGGGACGAAGCGUUGCAGCAGUCAGCGCGUACUUGUGCUUCUGCGUUGGUCUCGACCUGCGGAAGGUUAAUUUUUUGCUAAUGCAGUGCACCUGUGUAUAUGUAUUUACGCGUCUUACUGAGACAAUGGCAGGGAAGUACUUCAUCGUGUCCCCAGAAUCUGGACGAACUUCAGUAAAGCGCCAAUAUGAUGAGCCGUGUAAGAGGCAGUGUGGAAAAGAGAAUGUGUUGGGAUUGGAAGAGGUGAAGGAUUCCCGUUGGGAAAGCGGGGGGACUCUGGCCUUCAGACAUCAGUUUUUCGAAGGAAGGCUACCGUGGAUGUUGGAGGGCAUUGAGCAUUUGUCCGUUCUUGCUGGAACUUCAAUGGCAAAGCUUCUGCACUUUGAAGAAUGCCUCAUUGGCGCUGUCAUUGAACAGCCUUCUACUUCUCGGUCACUGUACAACAAACUCAAAAUACUCCACGGCUGCUCUUUGCAUUUGGGCAGUAAAUUGACGGACAGCCAUAUUGAUCGCACGCUUGCUGACAACACACCCAAAGAACUGGUGCUCAAUAUACCAUCUGGGAAUUUCAGAGGCCACGAAGUCUUCCCUCCAACGCCAGUGGAUGGCCCUUCUGGGCCAUUCGACGGCGUCUUCGCCAAAUCGAACAUCAAUAAUGGUACAAUCCAAACUGCUGACCGUCUCUUCUGUUCAGCUGCAGCUUCAACAGCGGUUGGUGUAGGUCCCAACUGUUGGACGCCUCGCAACGAAGCAGUGUCCACAGAAUGA